AUGGUCAACGUUGUCUUAGGUGCUCAAUGGGGGGAUGAAGGUAAAGGUAAGUUGGUUGAUUUGUUAGUCGGUAAAUAUGACAUUGUAGCUCGUUGUGCUGGUGGUAACAAUGCUGGUCAUACUAUCGUUGUUGACGGUGUCAAGUAUGAUUUCCAUAUGUUACCUUCAGGUUUAGUUAACCCAAAUUGUCAAAAUUUGUUGGGUAAUGGUGUAGUUAUCCAUUUACCAUCAUUUUUCGAAGAAUUAGAAACUUUAGAGAAAAAGGGGUUGAAAGAUUGUAGACAAAGAUUAUUUAUCUCUUCAAGAGCCCAUAUUGUAUUUGAUUUCCAUCAAAGAACUGAUAAAUUAAGAGAAUUUGAAUUGAAAAAUACUUCCAAGAACCAUAAAAACAUUGGUACUACUGGGAAGGGUAUUGGUCCAACUUAUUCUACCAAAGCUUCUAGAUCAGGUAUUAGAGUUCAUCAUUUAGUUAACGAUGAUCCAAACUCUUGGGAUUUAUUUGUUACAAAAUACAAGAGAUUACUAGAAACCAGAAUGAAACGUUAUGGUGAAUUCGAAUACGAUUUCGAAGCGGAAUUGAAUAGAUUUAAGCAAUACAAAACUUUAUUGAAACCUUUUGUAGUGGAUUCAGUAGUAUUCAUGCACAAGGCAAUCAAGGCAAAUAAAAAAAUCUUAGUUGAAGGUGCUAAUGCUUUAAUGUUGGAUAUUGAUUUUGGUACUUAUCCAUUUGUCACUUCUUCAAACACCGGUAUUGGUGGUGUCAUUACUGGUUUAGGUAUACCACCAAGAGCUAUCGAUCAAACUUUUGGUGUGGUUAAAGCUUAUACCACUAGAGUGGGUGAAGGACCUUUCCCUACAGAACAAUUAAAUGCUGAUGGUGAAAAAUUACAAACAAUUGGUGCCGAAGUUGGUGUCACCACCGGUAGAAAGCGUCGUUGUGGUUGGUUAGAUUUAGUUAUUUUGAAAUAUUCCACUUUAAUUAAUGGUUACACAAGUUUAAACAUUACUAAAUUAGACGUUUUGGAUACUUUCAAAGAAAUUCCUGUUGGUAUCUCUUAUUCCAUCAAUGGUAAGAAAUUGGAUUUAUUCCCAGAGGAUUUAUUAAAUUUAGCUAAUGUCGAAGUAGAAUAUGUCACUUUACCAGGUUGGAACCAAGAUAUUACUAAAAUAACUAAAUAUGAUGAUUUACCAGUAAAUGCAAAGAACUAUUUGAAGUACAUCGAAGAUUUUGUAGGUGUACCAAUCGAAUGGGUUGGUACUGGUCCAUCAAGAGAUUCCAUGUUAUACAAAGAAAUUUAA